AUGGAAUUCGCAACAAUUACAAAACCAAAAUGUACCUUAACCGAGUUGAUAUUUAUUCACAAGAAAUUAUUCAAACUUUCUGCUCAAGAGAAUUCAAUAUUCAAUUUAUCGGCAAAUUUUUACACGAAUUAUGGUCCACGUUCUGUCCGGUG